UCUGUCUGGCUGCCUGCCUGCCUGCCUGCCUAGGCACAAUGACAAUGUUGUUGUUCAGCUCAUAAUGUGAUGAUGAUGGUCAUAUAAAAAUAAAUAUAAACACUCUGAUGACAAUAAUUUACGAUUGUUGUUCAUAAGCCAUAUAAUAAUAUUUUUUUUGUUUUUAUCUUAGUGCACCGACACAUCUAUCCAUCCACUUGGUUAAAACAGGCAGAAUAGUUGUAUUGAUAGUGUCGUACAUAUUGUUAGAGAUAAAUGCGUGAAUCGUUUUUAAUAUAUUUUUUUUUAAUUCUAUAGUUUUUCUUUUUUAUUUAAAAACAAAAAAGUAACAGCUUAACAGUUGGAGCUGAAUAAUUUUUCUAGACCAUUAUUAUAUAAACAUACAUACAUACAUACAUAUUUCCCUAACAGUUGCCUUUUUUUGUUUGUUUGUUUUUGUUUAUUUAACAUAAAAUAAUUGCUAAAUGUAUUUAAAUUUUGGUUAAACUAUUUAAAAAUAUUGUAAAUAAUAAAUUCUGUUAAUUUACACAAAAAAUUAAAAAAAAAAACGAAAAUAUGUCAAAUUUCAAAAUAGAGUUGAAAAUUUGCACUUGUUGCACUGUGUUUCUGUUUCUACUGCUGCAAAUGGUUCAUCCUGUAACAACGACGGAUGACAUAUCAAAUCACAUUAAAAAUUGCUGUAAUGGUGGAAAAGCUUUGGCCAAAAAACAAAAUAAUUGUGAAAAUUAUGAAUAUGAUAUUUUAAGUAUAUCACCGCUUUGGAGAGGACUAUGUCAUUCCACCUAUGCGGUCUGUUGUUCACACGAAAUGGAAAAAAUGUAUUGUGUGGCUGGUCGAUUGGCGGCUUUAACGGGAUCACGUUGUAACGAACGUUAUAAUACCACAUCCUAUUCAGAUUGUUGUCGCGCAUGUCAGGUUGGUCUGGCAGUAAAAGCUUCGGGAAAUCUAUGCAAUGAUACGCUUUUCAAUUACUUUGCCGACAUCGAUUCAUUUAGAAUUUGUUGUGGAUAUGGAACAGACAAUAAUCGUAACGAUUUAAAAUAUGUCGAUGUAUUAAAUGGAAACGAUACAACUGCUUUGCAUGAAACCAACGGCGAAACCAAUAACCAGGAAAAUAGUGAUGGCACAAUUAUUUUACAAGACGAUGAUGAUGAUAUUUGCGGAAAAUUUCCAUUAUGCGAACAAAUUUGCGAAAAUACCAAGGAAUCAUAUGUCUGUAAAUGCCAUUCGGGAUUUAAACUAAACGACAAUAUGGUGACUUGUACACCAAUAACAGAUUUGGAUAAUACCAGUAAUAAAUUGGUGGCGUUGAGCGUGACGGACAUUACAAACAAUGUCACAAAUCAUAAUGAAGUGAAUGAUGAUAAAGACAAUACGGAAAUCGAAGACGAUGUCGAUGCCGAUGCCGAUGAUGAUAUAAACGAUGAAAUAGCGUGCCCUCAAGGAUUUAAAAUUGAUCCAUUACGAUCAUCACAGUGUGUAGAUGUAAAUGAAUGUUUGCUAAAAUUACACGAAUGUAAAAGUCAUCAAACAUGUGUCAACACUAUAGGCGGAUUUCAUUGUGUUAAUACGAAUUUAAAUACAUGCGAAUUUGGAUUUGCAUAUAAUAAAGAAACUAAAAAAUGCGAAGAAGUUACAAACUAUAUUAAACGGACACCGAUUCCUACUAUUAAAAAUGUGCCUAUAAAACAGCAUAGUGCGAAAAAGUGUGAAGAUGGUUUUCAGUGGAAAAACGAUGGUUGCAUGGACAUAAACGAAUGUGAAAUUGACGAUACGGCAUGCGAUAGUAAUCAAGUUUGUAGGAAUGUUGAAGGAGGUUAUCAUUGCGACUGCAAACCUGGUUUCAAUUUGGACACAACAACAAAUGCCUGCGUCGAUAUAAAUGAGUGUUCCAUAAAUAAUCAUAACUGUCUGCCUACGCAACGGUGUGAUAAUACCCUUGGCAGUUACGUAUGUACCCGCUUACAAAGCUGUGGCACUGGCUACACUUUAAAUGCGGACAGUAGCACCUGUGACGAUAAUGAUGAAUGUGCGUUAAACACGCACAAUUGCAAAGAAGGCUGGGAAUGUUAUAAUACCAAAGGUUCAUUCCGUUGUUAUCCCAAGCCCACUACAACCACUACCACCACUACUACAACUAGUACGACCACAACAACACAACGACCUUCAACUACACACUCGUAUAGUCAAUACUACCCUCCUCCACCCUAUUACAAAUACCGAAAUAGUACAUCGUACUAUACCGCCAAUAAUGUUCCAGCUUAUGUUUCGCAUCAAACCUCUAGUCGCCAAUCUUAUGAGAGUAAUGCGCCACCAUCAUCUUACCAUCAUCGAGGAUAUAUACCGUGUGAGACAGGAUUGCAGAGAAAUAAUGUUGGGGUUUGUGUCGACAUUAAUGAAUGUUCACAGCACAAUAAUCCAUGUGGUUCACACCAGCGUUGCAUAAAUACGAAUGGAUCGUACCGCUGUCAAAAUCGACUGAAGUGUCAGGCCGGCUAUAAAUCGAAUCCGACAGGCACCGAAUGUGUAGAUAUCGAUGAAUGUGAAACUGGAGAACACAACUGUGUGGACAACCAGAUUUGUCGCAAUCGCAAUGGAGGCUUUGUAUGCUCAUGUCCUCCGGGUCACCAUUUGACACAUUUGUCAAAUGGUGAAUCACGAUGUGUUGAUAUAAAUGAGUGCGAUCAGAAAGGUCUGUCAUUAUGUCCGGCCAACGCUCAAUGUAUCAACACAAUUGGUUCAUAUUUCUGUGAAUGUAAAUCAGGCUUUCAGAAAAGCAAAGAAAACGAACGCAUUUGUUUAGAUGUGGAUGAGUGCAAUGAAUUUCCGGGAUUAUGUCAUCAAAAAUGUGUAAACUUUUUUGGCGGCUAUCGUUGUACCUGCAAUAAUGGCUAUGAAUUAGGACCGGAUAAUAGAACUUGCAUUGAUGUCGAUGAGUGCGAGGUGCAACAGUCGCAUAAACUAUGUAUGGGCUUUUGCGACAAUGUCCCCGGAUCGUAUGAGUGUUCGUGUCCUCGUGGUUACACGUUGGCCAGUGAUCGCAACACUUGUUUGGAUAUCGAUGAAUGUGCUACGGGAGAGUUUUGUACGGGCCGUAACGAUGUAUGCACGAAUAAACGCGGUGGUUACAAAUGUACAGUAAUUCACUGUCCGUUUGGGUAUAUAAACGAUCCCGAACAAAAAACCCGCUGCCGUCUAACAAAUAAUAUGUGUGAAGGAGAGGAUUGUUUUAAUAAACCAUCGGCUUAUACUUACAAUUUUAUAACAUUUGUGUCAAAGAUGAUGGUGCCGCCUGAGGGCAGAACCUUUUUCAGCUUAAAAGGACCAGCCUGGUACGAUGACAUUGAAUUCGAUAUGAAAAUCGUUAAAAUCCAAGCAGCUGCCAAUAUCGAAAAAGCCACAAAUAAUCAUUUUGGAACAAUAAAGGGUCAUCACGAAGUGCACUUGAGUCUAAAGCGAUCGUUAGAAGGACCACAAGAAAUUGAAAUCGACUUAACAAUGACUGUAUUUACUAGAGGUUUGCCUCGCGGCAAAAGUGUAGCUAAAGUUUUUAUUAUAGUCUCACAAUAUACAUUUUAAACAUUUGAUUAUAUUUGUAAAUUAUUUCUUUAAAAUGUUUAUUAUAUGAAUCCCCCAUCUUUGGUAAAUAAACCAUUUUUUUAUACCAAA